AAUACAGGAAACCAAGAAACCAACAGAAGAAUUGCACAACUGGAAGACGAGGUUAAAGGUAAGAACUUUACGGGGGAAAGGCUUGACUCGGAGCUCACAAAUGUUAUCAAUUCCCAACAGAGUCUUAAAGAAGAGUUAAAACUCGCUGUUCAGGAAUUAAAGAACAACUCUGACGUCAUGUCUGACGUAAGAGUGGAGUUGCGGCUCCUGUCUAUGAGUGUGUUGGACCUUGAUGAACGUGCAGACGAUAUAAAGAAGCGCUUAAAUGAAUUCAACCAAAGUGUGCCCCAGCUAUGGGAGAAAUAUGAAGUAGUCACAGAAAUCGUGGGAAAUCUGACCACUAACUUGUCAGCAUCUACUCACCAAAAACUGGAUGAAAUGAAGACGGGUCUCAGGAAAACACAGAAAAAUCAGCUCAAACUUUCCGCAGCAGUUCUUUCUUUAGAGUGGUUCAGAAACAAUGCGACCAAAGGGAACUGUGAGUUAACAGAAGGAAACUCAAUGAACUUAACAAAAAAGAUCGGAUUUACGGCUGGUCUCCGCUCUUCUAACAGUGGCUGGUCCUCUAACAAGCUGGUCUUCACUGAAGAGAUCUAUAACCAUGGUGACGGCUACGAUUUCUCAUCCGGGAUAUUCACGGCACCAGCCUCUGGAGUUUAUGUGUUCUAUGUCACCCUGACUUCGUAUGAGGACUCUAACAUCUUUGUUGAUAUUGUGGUCAACGGGGCCUCCAAAGUAAGAGCCAGAGCAAAUGGCAGGAGAGAAUCCGGUGACUACGACGACUUUGAAUAUCAGUACCAGACGGGGACAAACUUGGUGGUGACGUCACUAGAUCGUGGGGAGAAAGUGUGGGUGGAAUACCAUUCUGGCAGAGGUUACUAUUCUGAAACUGUUCCCGUCAGCACGUUCUCGGGCUUUAUCAUCUAAAGUCAGCACGUUCUCGGGCUUUAUCAUCUAAAGUCAACGAAAUAGUUAUGUUGAUCGAAAAUGAGAUAUCAACUUUCGGCCGUUGUCGGUUAUUAUAACUGUAUUUUUCAUUUCAAAUCAGUUUAUAUUGUAUACAUACAUUAUACUAAUAAACAUUUGAGUAUCAAAACUCAAUAACCAA